CUGGUCAUCCGCUCGCACUGGGUUGUUCUCCCCGUGUAUGGCCUCCUCAUGGCUAAAAGUGUCGACACCUACCUCCAAGCAAAAGGAUGGAAGAAGAAUGCCCAAAUGGAAGGAGUGAUCCGGAAUAAGUUCACUGCCCAGUUACCGCCUGUGCAAGGGGAAGAAGACACCCCCGGAGCGCAGGGGGUGGUUGUCUUCAUCCUCGGAGCGAGGAUCAACCAUCCGCUUGGGUUCAUGGCUCCUGGUGUGAAAGAGCUUGGCGAGUGGGCACAGAAGUGCUACAAAGAGCUCGAGGACAAGUACGAUGAGUACGGCAUGCUGGGCAUGUCGACUUAUCUCGGUACCUCCCGCGCGUCAGGAAACGAGAUCCUCACGCUGAUGUACUUCCGCAACACCUACGGCCUGCACACCUUCGCCCUCUCUGAGACACACCGCGCGACAUGGAACUGGUGGCUCGCGGUGCAAAAGAAGUAUCAGCACAUGGGCAUCAUGCACGAGACGUACGAUGUUCCUCCCAGACAUUGGGAGUCCGUCUAUGUGAGGAUGCAUCGGAUGGGCCUUGCUGGAGCGAGUGUGAGGC